UUGGGCAUAAAAAAUAGCCGUGGGAGGGAAGAUUGAAUGUUCAUGGGCGCUUACAAAUCUCGUCCAGCAACUGUGUGUGCAGAUGAAUGGAAGCGAAAGUUUGCAGAGACGUACGCUCAAGUGCGCAGCAGCCUUGUAGACGACACCACUGUACAGUUGAAAGAUGAAGAAUCCAAUAGCCUGCAUCGAGCUUGCAGCGAAGGGAAAAUUGAUGUUGUACAGCAGCUGGCUAGAACAUCAAAUGUUAAUGAGGAGGACAGUGCUGGAUUGACAUGCCUUCAUCUCUCUUGUAUUACAGGAGCACCCAGUGCUGUAUUGUCAGUUCUUUUGGAAAGAGGAGCAAAAACAUCAUUGCUAACCAACAAGGGCUUCUCUUGUCUUCAUCUAGCAUGCUAUAAGGGUGCAACAGAACUUGUCAGAGUCCUUAUCGAAAGCAAAGCAGACAUACAUCAAUGUGCGAUAAACAAAGUUACAUCGCUUCAUAUUGCUGCUAUGUGCGGGCAUCAGCAAUUGGUACAGAUACUGUUGCAGUAUGGCCAUGAUGUUGACCAGAUGGACGCAGUUGGCUUUUCAGCACUGCAUUUGGCAAGCUACUUUGGGAACACUGCAGUUAUUGAUGUUUUGCUAAGGAACAGGGCAAAUAUUAAUCAUUCUGGUGAAGUUGGUGAUCGACCAUUGCACAUGGCAUGCUUUGAGGGUCACUUAGAAGCAGCAGAACGACUGCUACAAGGAGAUGAUGCUGCAGAUGCGAAAGCUGUUGAUCAUGAGAAGCACACACCUCUUCAUGUUUGCUGCAGACAAGGACAUCUAAACAUGAUAGAACUACUGCUGUAUUCUAAAAGUGGACUGAAUCCACACUCUCAGACUGUAUAUGGAGAUACAGCAUUGCACUAUGCUUGUUAUGGAGGCCAUUUAGAAGUUGCUCAGAAGCUUAUUGAAUUUACUGGCAGUCAGAGUCUGUUGGUUGAGAACAUCUUCAGCGAAACACCAUUCCAUGCAGCCUGUACGUAUGGUGAAAGUGAAGAACUAGUUCAAUUUCUCUUGCGACAGCCUUCAGUUGACAUUAACCGACAAGGUCAGGAUGGUCACACAGCUUUACACAGUGCAUGUUAUCACAAUCACAGUUUUAUAGUGGAGCUGCUCAUGGAAGAAGGAGCUGAUCCUACUAUACAAACUUACAGUCAAAAUGAGCUUGAAGAUGGAGAGACUUGUGCUGAUUGGGCAUAUGAAAGAGGCUUUGAUAAUAUCGUGCUACUGAUCAAGUCAAAACUGCACCCACAAGAAGAGUUGCCACAACAUGACAAUGGAUAUGCACAAAUUUCUAAGUUGCAUACUCCAUCGCGCCUUGGUAAACUAAGGAGCAUCACUAGAGAAAAGGCAGACGUGUUAAGGCUAAGAUCAAGUUUGCCACGACAUCUUCAUUUGUCAUCACGAGAUAUAGAGAUCAUAGAGGCAGUUGGAAGUGGUUCAUUCGGAAGAGUGUUCAGAGGACGAUGCCAGAAUAAGAUUGUUGCAAUCAAGAAGUAUCGAUCAUCGUCUGCUUCACCUUCAAAGUCAGAUGUUGACAUGUUUUGUCGAGAAGUUUCUAUUCUCAGUAGCAUCAGUCAUCCUAAUGUGAUAAAACUAGUUGGAGCGUGCUUAGAAGAUCCCAGUCAAUUUGCGAUUGUAACUCAAUAUGUUGGGGGAGGUUCUUUGUACUUAAUUCUUCAUGAACAGAAACGAUUCCUGGAUGAGUCUGUGAAGCUGGGUAUUGCAGUAGAUGUUGCACGAGGAAUGUGCUAUCUUCAUCAAUUGCCUUGGCCAAUUAUCCAUCGUGAUCUGAAUAGUCGAAACAUUUUGAUAGAUGAGCAGGGUGGAGCUGUUGUGUCUGAUUUUGGAGAGUCAAGAUAUCUAAAGGCUUCUGAUGAUGAUGACUUAACCAAACAACCAGGAAAUUUGCGCUGGAUGGCUCCUGAAAUUUUUACUCAAUCGGUGAAGUACAACGUGCGUGCUGAUGUAUUCAGCUAUAGUUUAAGUUUGUGGGAACUGUUCUCGGGUGAACUACCAUUUGGACAUUUAAAACCAGCUGCUGCAGCUACUGACAUGGCAUACAGAAACAAACGACCAUCUAUACCUAUGACAUUCCCAAGCCAAAUUACUAUGGUUAUUCAGCAUGGAUGGGAUGCCAAUCCAGAGUCAAGACCUGAUUUUUCUCAAAUACUAGAAACCUUAGAGCCGCUUCUUGACCAAGAUCGUUCAGCAUGCAUGAGUGUUGAUUCUACUGAUGAUGAUUGCUUUUCGCCACCCCAGUCAUCUUUACCUUUGACAAGAUCAGUUCGAGCUCGUAGGCACCCUUUUCGUAGUAACAGUGUUGGAGACCUAUCAAGUGCCGAUAGGAGCAAUGUUCGACAUGACAAUUAUUCUUCAAAUCGUUCUAGCUCAUUACGAAGGGUUUCUGGGAUGAGUUCCGGUAGUACAAUGUCUCCAAGUGCUUGUGUUGUUGAAGAGCUGACUCGAAGACUGGCUCUACACACAGACAGAAAUGGCUAUGUAUCAGAUCCUUUUGCAACUCGUCGUCGAAGUAGCAGCAGUUACGUUCGCAAAAAAAGCAGUGACAGAACUUAUAGCAAAUGAACUGUAGCCUGUUGUGUAAUUGUAAAGAGCUAUCAUGUUUCUAUUUCUAUUUAUUUGUCAUUUACUGCCUCUUGUCAGGUGUAUGUACUCAAAUGCAGCACUGCUACGUAAGCUAGUCCUGUUAGAAAUGAAUACAUAAAAC